CAGGGCCAUUCCGGGGUACUCAAGAUCCUGAUUCCUUGGAUUGCAACUCCUGAUCUGGGCUCAGCCGCCGGCUGACUGGCGUUUGGCGCUCUGAUCUAGUGCUCCGCUUUGAAAUCUCUACCCCCUCCCGUCUUAUUAUUUUUUUUUUUAGCCAGGUAUGAUGAUGUCAAACGUGAUGCUGAUGCUACAGUUACAGACAUAGCCCCAGCUGGCGCAGUCUCGCUGCUUCUCUCUUCCUCUCCGCGUCCAGCGCUGAGAUUUUUCAGACAAGUGCAUCUCCUAAACAGUUCACAUUUCAGCCACGACCUAUACCGUCCGUCUCUCACCGGAGUCAGACCGCAGGAGGAGGGCAGAGGAAGCUGAGUCAACCGCGGGGUGGGAGGAAGACAUUAGAAGACUGCAGAAGUCAAGACAGCCCAGAUCGAACCCGGACCACGAUGCGCGCCCCGAGCUGCAGGCGAUUGGCGCUGCCGCUGCUCUUCCUCGCCGCGGCCGCCCUGGCCGAAGGCGACGCCAAAGGGCUCAAAGAGGGGGAGACCCCUGGCAAUUUCAUGGAGGACGAGCAAUGGCUGUCGUCCAUCUCUCAGUACAGCGGCAAGAUCAAGCACUGGAACCGCUUUCGAGACGAAGUGGAGGAUGACUACAUCAAGAGCUGGGAGGACAAUCAGCAGGGAGACGAAGCCCUGGACACCACCAAGGAUCCCUGCCAGAAAGUGAAGUGCAGCCGCCACAAGAUGUGCGUUGCCCAAGGCUACCAGCGCGCCAUGUGCAUCAGUCGCAAGAAGCUGGAGCACAGAAUCAAGCAGCCUGCCUUGAAACUCCAUGGAAACAAAGACACCAUCUGCAAGCCCUGUCACAUGGCACAGCUCGAUUCUGUCUGCGGCUCUGAUGGUCACACCUACAGCUCCGUGUGUAAGUUGGAACAGCAGGCAUGUCUGAGCAACAAGCAGCUGGUGGUGAGAUGCAAGGGUCCCUGCCCCUGCCCCACGGAACAGUCCACCACCUCCACCACUGAUGGCAAAUCAGAGACCUGCACUGGCCAGGACUUGGCAGACUUGGGGGAUCGUCUGCGGGACUGGUUUCAGCUCCUUCAUGAGAACUCCAAGCAGAAUGGCUCCACCAGCAGCGGGGCCAGCCCCACCUCUGGGCUAGAUAAGAAUCUAGGGGCCAGCUGCAAGGACUCCAUUGGCUGGAUGUUCUCCAAGUUGGACACCAGCGCCGACCUCUUCCUGGAUCAGACGGAGCUGGCCGCCAUUAACCUAGACAAAUACGAGAUCUGCAUCCGCCCCUUCUUCAACUCCUGUGACACCUACAAGGACGGCCAGGUCUCCACUGCUGAGUGGUGCUUCUGUUUCUGGAGAGAGAAGCCCCCCUGCCUGGCAGAGUUGGAGCGCAUCCAAAUCCAGGAAGCCGCCAAGAAGCAGCCAGGUGUUUUCAUCCCAAGUUGUGACGAGGAUGGCUACUACCAGAAAAUGCAGUGUGACCACAGCAGCGGUGACUGCUGGUGCGUGGACCAGCUGGGCCUGGAGCUGACAGGCAGCCGCACACACGGGAGCCCCGAUUGCGACGACAUCGUGGGCUUCUCAGGGGACUUUGGGAGCGGUGUCGGCUGGGAGGACGAGGAAGAGAAGGACACGGAGGAAGCCGGUGAGGAGGCUGAAGAGGAGGAAGGAGAGGCGGUUGAGGCUGAUGAUGGGGGUUACAUCUGGUAG